AUGGCUUUCAGUCAUUUGAAAUUACUCAUUACAACGACUCCUAACAGCUUUCAAGAACAUUACAACAUGAAAUCGGGCUCAUAUGAUGUCUACGACAAUUUUGGUAACCACGGCGACUUGGGAUCAAGUUUAAGAACGGAUUUGCCGCAGGCAAAACUCACGAAUAAUUAUCGUUUUUUUGAGGUUUCAGAUCAAGAUGAAUUACAACAAUACAAUUUUGAAAAAACUCGAGACACAAUAGAGUUAUUUAGUCCAGAAAUUUCAAAUAUCACUUUUGACGCGCAAUUCUCAUAUGCCUCUGGUGAAGUAUCACCGAAUUUGUUGGAAAAUAACACCCACAAUUUGGGACAAGUCAAUGAGGGUCAAUUAAUAACGGAUUAUUCUGGCAACCAUAUCGCUAACUUGGGACAAUCUUCUCAAAGUCGACACCCUGGAAAUUUUCAAAUUUCUUCCAGACACGCUACAAAGUUUCGUAGUGAAUUUCCUUGCAACUAUGAACAACAUCUUCCGAGUCAAUGCUCAACGGAUUUUUUUAACCCAACAGUUUUAUAUUCCUAUACCGACUUUGGCCUAUCACCAAAUGAAUUGUUUGAAGAUUCACAAGGUCAAGACUUUUUGUGUCAAACAACUUCGUAUUCUAUUUCCAUGGAACCGAGUGAACGUGAUGCAUACGUAAAAGUAAACCAAUUACCUGGUGCGUUGUCCGGAAAGUACCCCCACCCAACGGUACUCCUGUCUCCAAAUACAUCCGUGGAACAAAAUAAACAAAAUACCUAUGAAAAAAUAGCUAAGGAACGACAUAAAUGCAAUAUUUGCGGAAAAUCCUUCACGGGUCCAUGCGCAUUGCAAAUUCACGGCGUCUCGCAUACAGGAGAAAAACGUAGGUCCAAGUUUCUUUAA